AUGGCACCGAAACGACCACAUCCCUCACUUCAGCCUAAAAAGAGGGCUAGAUAUCAGAUUCCUGGAGAAGAAACCGAGACUUACGGAGGAAUGUCAAUGGAAAACCCAGCAAUGACUGGAGAGCAAGAAGACGUGCCCCAAGACCAACCUACUACAAUUGACGCGGAAGAAGAAGUACAGGUCACGGAGCAAUCUGCUCCAACACAACCCCAGCACUUGGUACCUCAAAGCACAGUUACAUCGAAACAACUAGCUGAAGAUAACAGCGUAACUAUUUCUCAACAGGAGAUUUACGGCGACCUUACCGAUGAAAACUCUCUUGUUCGCGCAUCACAAUCUCCCAAAGCAAAUAAGCCGAGAAAAAACCGGUCCCCUUUAAAGCCAGGACAUGAGCAAAUAGUAAUGCAAGCGUUUGAAAAGGCGUAUGAAGAAUAUACUUCACAACUCAAUCAUUCUCAAGAAGAUGAAGAUGUGUUUCAUGAUAGUUCGGACCCAAAAUGUUGGGAUCUCCGGAUUUGGAAAGAGGUAUAUGAAGGUGCUUGGAAAUCUGUGCACCAAAUGGAAAGCAGAACCGACUUUGGUACUGUUGAUACUGUGAAGGAGUUUUAUUUCAAUAACAGAAAAACAUAUCGACAUUUGAAGGCCGUGUUGAAUUCUAUACCGGGUGUAGAGUUCAAUACUAAAACUGGUGCGUUUAGUAAUCUCUCUGAUGAGGCCUUGACAAUCCUUUCGGCUCAAAAGAGUAUGAUUAGAUUCCUUGGAAAUAGCAAGCGGCCUUUCCUUCUUACAGAGUAUUUUGAAAAACUUGAUAGUGGUGCUGUCAAGGGCUGGUUUAGAAAGGUGCGGAAAGAGGCGCCGAAUCUGUCAGCUCUUAUACGCGACAACCCAAACCCUGUUGAUGAAUUGUCUUCAAGUGUAGGUACUUUGACUGCCCCAGCACACUCUGUGACCUCCCCUUCCUUAGUUGCAAUCAAUAAAGAGUCAAGCAAUGAUCUUGUGAACGAAACUAUUGAUACAGCAAAUCUACCGCAGCAGAUUAUUCGGUCAGGAAACAACUCUAUCUGGCAAAGAAAACAACAAGAGGUUCCUCAGGGAAACAGAGAUCGAAAAGGUUGGUUUACAAGACUAGUGGAGAGUGGGAAAUUUAGCUAUGAUGAACUCGAGGCACUACUUGUACACAUUAGUUCCAAAAAUGUGAAACCUUCUCUUGCCGCUGAAUUGAACAAUGAUAAUGACCAAGAACUUUUUCUUAAAAUGAGCUACCUUUCCGGGUUUCUUAAGAAAGAAAAGGAAGAGCAACCUUCUUCUUCCUUUCUACCCCCACCGCAGCAGUAA